ACCGGGACCUGAACAGUGUAGCCCUCGGGCUCGGCCAAAACCACUCUCGUCUUGGAGUCAAGGGUUUUUUCCCCUCCGAUGUUGCUGGACGACAAAGCCGUGCAAGAUGGUUAAAAGAAAUGAUCCAAAUGAAACAAAAAAAAGUAGCUCAAAACAUGAAAACGCUGUUAAAUAUGGCGAAUUGAUCAUACUUGGAUACAAUGGCCAGUUGACAGCUGGUGAUAAACGUAGACGACGAAGUAAAUUUGUUUUAUGGAAGCGAGAUGUGCCUAAUGGUAUUAAACGAUCUAAUCAUUAUGUGGUGCCCAGUCCACAGAGUUCACAUGCCGUACUUGACAAAACUCAGCAUUCCAUUUCAUAUACAUUGUCUAGAACUGAAGCGGUGAUAGUAGAAUAUGUUAACGAUGAAAACACUGAUAUGUUUCAAGUUGGCCGUUCCUCUGACACACCAAUUGACUUUGUUGUUAUGGACACCAAUGCUGAAAAAAAUGCAGCCGCUAUUAAUAACCAACCAAUUAUAGAGAAUAAAAAAACUGCUGCAGCAAGUACGAUAUCAAGAUUUGCUUGUCGUAUAAUAUGUGACAGGAACAAUACAAGUAUAGCUCGUUUAUACGCUGCAGGGUUUGAUUCAUCAAGAAAUAUAUUUUUAGGGGAAAAAGCAACCAAAUGGAAAGAUGGUGAAGAAAUUGAUGCACUUACUACAAAUGGAGUUUUAGUAAUGCAUCCAAGUGGAAAGUUUCACAAGGGAAACACGGAACCAGGUAUUUGGUUAGAAGUAUCGGUUUGUGGGAAACUUUUCUCAUUACGAGGUUCAAGAUCAGCACAACUUAAAGGCGACAUGGUUAAAGAUUCUGAUAAUAUUUUAACUGAUGGAACUUUAAUAGAUUUAUGCGGUGCAACUCUACUUUGGAGGUCGGCUGAAGGACUUAGUUUGUCUCCCAGUAGGGAAUACUUGAAGAAGCUGAUUGAAAGAACAAACCGUGAACGGCCUACGUGUCCUGUUGGACUUUAUACAUUAGUAUUUCCUCAUCAUUCAGAAGAAACUGCUACAGUAGCAUCUUCAGAGCUUGUUGAUGUUAAGCAACAACCAUAUGCAUACUUAUCAUGUGGUCAUGUUCAGGGUCGUCAUGAAUGGGGUCUAAAUAAGGACUCAAACAAUAGAACAUGCCCAAUGUGUUUAAAAGUUGGUGGUAUUGCUAAAUUAAGUAUGGGUAUAGAGGCUUCAUUUUAUGUUCAAGACAAGGAGAAACCUGAUUUAUAUGCUUUUAAUCCAUGUGGCCAUGUUGCUACAGAAAAGACAGUGAAAUUUUGGUCUAAUGUAGGAAUUCCAUAUGGAACUAAUGGAUUUGAAGCAUUUUGUCCGUUUUGUGCUACAUUACUUGAAGGAUACCCUGGUUAUGUUAAGUUAAUUUUUAAUUAGUUUUAUGAUUAUACUUAAUAUAAUACACACUUUUAAUUGUUAAUAUUGAUUUAUCCUUGUCAUCAUUUAGUGUGUGAUAAUAUUAGUUUUCUGUCUUUUAUGUGAAUUUUUGAAUUUUUGUAAGUAUUUUUUGAAUUAUAAUUAAUUUUUUGAUCUGUAUAUUUUUGAAAUUAUAGUGAUAAUUAAAUUGUAUAGGCUCAAAAUAGGCAAUAUUGAACUGUUAAAAUGUUUAAUUACUUUUUGCUUUCAGUGUAGUAUUGUUAUACUAUUUUAUGAUGUGAUCACUUAUUGUCGUAAUAUCUACAAUCACUUGCAAAUAUGUCAAAUUUACGAGGUAAUUUAAUAGUGACAAUCUGUUGAUACAUUGUUUUCUUACAAAUCUCAAUCUAUGCAUUAAAUAUUUAAUUUAAUAUCUUUACAGUGUAUCUUUUAAAGAUCUUACUACAUAAUUUUAGUUUAAAUGUAUUGUUAUAUAGUAUUACUGUCAUUAGGGUUGCCAUUAGUGUGAUUAUUCAUAUGAAGAU